AUGGAUCAACUGAAUCUUUUUGAGAAAACAAUCUUGUGUUCUAUUGUAACAUAUCCUUAUUGGCUUGGAUCAAUUCUGGCUCGUGAGGAAGGCUAUACUAAAAAUCAUGGGCUCACCAUUCCGAUUCCUACUCUUUCGUUAAAGAUCAUCAAUGUUCCUAUGUCUGAAGAUUACUUGCAUAUCACCCUGAGAAUACAAAAGUCAAUUCAUAAACCCGAUGUUGUUGAAUCCUCUAACUCUAUUGAAGAGGAUGAUGAGGAUGAUGGUGAAGAAAGUACUAAUAAUGAGGAAGAGGUUGUAGCUGAUAAAGAAGAUGAUCUAAUCACUGUUAAGGGAUAA